AUGUAUACAGCACAUAUUCAACGUUUAAUAAUAGAGCUAGAUAAACGGUUUUCUCUUUCACCAUUACUGGAAAAUAUGUCCGUGCUUUUCGAUCCAGCAUACCUGAUUGAGCACAAGGCAGAUAUUGAUUCUCCAAAUUAUGGUCGAGCAGAGUUAGAUUCUAUUCGAAACAAAUAUCAAGAUUUUCCUGGUAUCGAUACAAAGGCGGUUGGAAGUGAAUGGGAGAAAUUGAAGCCACCAUUGAGUGAGUUUAUGGAUAGAUCUUCAUCAAAGAAUUUACAAGAAACAUUUUGGCAACAAUUUUUAUUAUUAAAACAAUCAGUAAAUAGUCGAUUCCUCGAGGAAAAUACGAAUUUACUUGCUUUAUUGAGUAUUUAUUUAAUUGCGCCAACCAAUUCGACUGAAUGUGACCGUGGGUAUUCGACAGCCAAUCGUAUUCAAACUACUGGUCGUUCUCGAGUCAUGAUUUCCACUUUGGACGUACUAAUGAACGUGUGUUUGUUAUUGCCCGAUGAUCUUAGAAGUGCACGUUGUCAAACAAUAAUUGAACGAGCGUUGGAAUCCUGGAACGAUAGAGAACAUAAUCGUCGAUUUCGACAAGUCAAGUUAUUGCUUGAUGUACCACCUGAUUAUGAACCAAAAAAAUCAACUAAGCUUGUUGAUUUCAAGAGAAAAAAACUGUCGACGUCAUUACAACAAAUAAACAAAAAAUUAAAGAAGCCGAAAUCGAAUGCAAGCAAAUAUGCCAAUGGGUGUAAACGUGAAGUUUCAGCAAAUGACCCUACACAAAAUCAAGUGAUACGAUGUUGCCAUCAAAAUGACGAAUUCGAUUGGUUUUGCAAUGAUCAUAAAGACAUGCAUAGUGAAGAAGAAGACGGACGUGAGCAAGAAGAUGAUGAACAUGAAGAUACAGGUGACUGA